CACCUCCCAAACCGCCUCCCAAACCGCCUCCCAGUCCCGCCUACGUAUUUCAUGGAGUUCAGCAAUGGAUGAAGCUAUGUUGUUGGGGCUGCUUGACGCGAAAAAGGAUGGCUGGGAAACAGACAAUGGAAAUUUCAAGACUUAUGGAUGGAAUAUGGCAGUUGAAGCAGUCCGACGUGCCACUUAUCAAACUGUCAAUAAAAACAAUCUCGAUAAUCGAUGGAGGAGUAAUAAACAUACAUGGCAGCUGUGGAUGAAACACAAGAAUCAGAUCUCUGGCUGGACUUGGUGUGCAGAUCGUGAGACUUACAUUAAUGACCCAGAAGUCAUGAAUGAAUAUUUCCAACACCAUCCAGAUAUGGUUAUAUUUCAACAUCAGGGGCCCGCGUUCCGAGAGCUGAAUGAGCAAUUGCUUGAUGGUAAACUUGCUACAGGGCAGUAUGCAGUUGGUUCUCGAGCUAUGAGACGGCAACUCGGUAUAGAUGAUGACUUGUAUCCUCCUUCAUCCUCUGCGUCAAAUUAACUGCCCCGGGUGUCAGGCACCACUGCAGACAGUCCUUCUCCAGAAAGAAAACGUUUGAGAAAGGGAAAAAAU